AUGGCAUUUCCUUUGGGAAUUCUUUUGUUCUUUCUUAUUGCAUUGCCAAUUUCUGAUGUGCAUGCAGACAUUAUCUCCCCGUGGAGAUAUGAAGCAUAUAACAAUUUUGAAGGAGGUCACAGAGUGGGCGUUACCCGCAAGCAUCAUCGCCCCAAGUUUAGCCCUAGCCAAUGGAAGGAGGCUCAUGCUACCUUCUAUGAAGGAAACUCCGGAACAUUUGGAGGAGCUUGUGGGUAUCAAGAUGUGGUUAAAGAAGGUUAUGGGCUUGACACAACAGCAUUGAGCACAGCUUUGUUCAACAACGGCCGGACAUGUGGGGCAUGUUUUCAGAUCAAAUGUGUAAACUCUCAAUGGUGUAAAGGCCAAUCCUCUAUUUAUGUCACAGCCACCGACCUUUGCCCUCCAAAUUAUAGUAUACCAAGUGACAAUGGAGGAUGGUGCAACCCACCACGCAAGCACUUUGACUUAGCCAUCCCUGCAUAUCUCAAAUUUGCAGAAUACAGGGGUGGCAUUGUGCCAGUCAUAUAUCGCAGGGUACCAUGCAAGAGGGAGGGAGGUAUUAGGUUCACCAUGAAUGGGAAUCCUUAUUUCAAUCUAAUAAAAGUGUGGAAUGUUGGAGGAGCUGGGGAAAUAGUAAGAGUGCAAGUGAUGAAGGAUGAUGGCAAGUUCAAAUGGACAGAUUUGAGGCGAAAUUGGGGUCAGAAUUGGGAUACAGAUGUUAGGUUAGUGGGAGAGAGAUUGAGCUUCAGGGUGACAGCAAGUGAUGGAAGGUCCAGUGUCUCAAGGCGUGUCGCCCCUAAGUAUUGGCAGUUUGGUCAGACCUAUGAAGGCAAAAACUUCCCAUAAAUGCUUCUCUGCAACACCUACAUUUGGUGU